UCCGUCCACUACACUUCCCUAUCCGCCGCCCCCGCCCCCCGCAUGCGACACCACGUGUCCAUCACCCAUCUCCGUCGCCCCCGCGCCCCCAUUCCUCCGCGCGCCCUCCCCGAGGUGAGAUCACCGCAUCCUUCUCCUGCUCCGACUUGCGCUCCCCAUCGCCGCUCCACGCCCCAUGACCGUGUCCACGAGCCCCUAUAACUAAGCCCCGGCCCCGAGCCAAAUCCCUCCCGCCACCCCGUCCCAGCACCCCCGCAUUUGGAUGGAUUCGGCGGCCUCUACAAAUCGCUCCCCGCUGCGCCCCGCCGCCGCCGCCACCGCGCGCCGAAGCAGCAGCUCCGUCCGCCCCGCGCUUCCUAACCGUGUGGCAGCGAGCAGGCUUGGGGUCGCGCCCGGGUGCGGAGGAGGGCAAUUCGGAAAGGCACAGCGAUUUAGGUCCGUGCGGAGUACCUCGGUGGGAGCUCAGACUGGUAAUGCUGGGAGAAUUGUGACCGAGGAAAGGGAAAGCGCAACGGCGGGUACCGAAAUGCCCUUGAAAUAUUCUUCCGGCAAAGCAUCCCCUCUAGGAGUGUCGCAGGUUGAAAGUGGUCUCAACUUUGCGAUUUUCUCUCAAAAUGCUUCUUCUGUCACCCUCUGCAUCAAGCUUCCUGAGAGAGGAACCAAGGAUGAAGAAAGUGAAAAAGUUGUGGAGUUUGCUUUAGAUUGCCAGAAGAACAAAACUGGAGAUAUAUGGCAUGUGUCGGUGGAGGGGUUGCCCACUUCUGGAGUUCUUUACGGAUAUCGUGUUAAUGGUCCUCAAGGAUGGGAACAAGGCCAUAGGUUUGAUAGCAACAUUAUUCUUCUUGACCCUUACGCGAAACUAGUUUCUGGUCGAAAUUACUUUGGGGUUGAUAACGGGAAGCCCAGCCAGCCUUUUGGAACAUAUGAUUUUGAUAGCUCUCCUUUUGACUGGGGUGCUGAUUACCAGCUUCCAAAUUUGCCUGAGACAGAUCUAGUUAUAUAUGAAAUGAACGUUCGCGCUUUCACUGCGGAUGAGUCAAGUGGGCUUGAUGCAGCUGUUCGCGGAAGCUACCUAGGAUUCAUCGACAAAAUCCCGCAUUUGCUUGAACUCGGAGUUAAUGCAGUGGAGUUGCUACCUGUUUUUGAGUUUGAUGAGCUGGAGUUGAAGAGGUACCCUAACCCAAGGGACCACAUGGUCAAUACAUGGGGUUAUUCUACAAUCAAUUUUUUUGCUCCCAUGACCCGCUAUGCAAGUGCUGGUGGUGGACCAUUGGCUGCUUCCAGAGAGCUCAAGCAGAUGGUCAAGGCAUUGCAUAAAGCUGGUAUAGAGGUUAUUCUGGAUGUCGUUUACAACCAUACAAAUGAAGCAGAUGACGCUAAUCCUUAUGUUACUUCUUUUCGUGGCAUCGACAACAAGGUUUAUUACAUGUUAGAUCCGAAGAACAACUCUCAACUGCUGAACUUCUCGGGAUGCGGGAAUACACUAAACUGCAACCAUCCUGUGGUCAUGGAACUCGUACUCGACAGCUUGAGACAUUGGGUUACGGAGUAUCACAUAGAUGGAUUUCGGUUUGACCUUGCAAGUGUCCUUUGCCGUGGACCAGAUGGCAGUCCUCUUGAUGCUCCUCCACUCAUCAGGGAAAUUGCCAAAGAUUCUGUGUUAUCUCGAUGCAAGAUAAUUGCUGAACCUUGGGAUUGUGGAGGUCUUUAUCUAGUAGGGCGUUUCCCUAAUUGGGACAGGUGGGCUGAAUGGAAUGGAAAGUACAGAGACGAUCUUCGAAGGUUCAUCAAGGGUGACCCUGGUAUGAAGGGGGUGUUGGCAACUCGUGUGUCUGGAUCUGCUGAUCUCUACCAGGUGAACCAGCGGAAGCCUCAUCAUGGUGUGAACUUUAUAAUAGCACAUGAUGGGUUCACCUUAUGUGACCUUGUUUCAUACAACUUAAAGCACAACGACGCUAAUGGAGAAGGUGGACGUGAUGGAUGCAAUGAUAAUUUUAGCUGGAACUGUGGUGUUGAAGGAGAAACAAAUGAUUCAAAUGUAUUGGCUCUGCGUUCGAGACAAAUGAAGAACUUCCAUGUGGCAUUAAUGAUUUCUCAAGGCACCCCGAUGAUGUUGAUGGGAGAUGAAUAUGGUCAUACACGUUAUGGAAACAAUAAUAGCUAUGGACAUGAUACCUGCAUAAAUAAUUUCCAGUGGGGACAGUUGGCGGAAAGAAGAUAUGGCCAUUUCAGGUUUUUCUCAGAGAUGAUUAAGUUUCGUCAGAACCACCCAAUACUGAAACGGGACAGGUUUCUCAGUAAAAAUGAUGUCACUUGGCACGAGGAUUGUUGGGAUAACCUGGAAAGCAAAUUCUUGGCAUUCACGAUACACGACCAUAAUUCUGGUGGAGAUAUCUAUUUGGCAUUCAAUGCCCAUGACUAUUCUGUGGAUGCUGUGAUUCCCCCAGCCCCUCAACAUAAACACUGGAACCGUGUGGUGGAUACCAACCUGGAAUCACCAAACGAUAUUGCACCGGAAGGGGUGCCACUUACUGGAUCAGGGUAUAGAAUUGCUCCAUUCUCUUCCAUCUUGCUCAAGGCAAGCCCAUAGAUUGGAGUAGACAAGCCAGAGUCUGAAGGAAGCAUGAGAAUAAUGUCAGUUUCGACUCAUUUUGGUGACUUGUCGGUUGGUAAAAACAGUAUGCUGAUCUUACCCUCCGAGCCCUAGACAACGCCUGCUGCAAAGCGUGACAAACUCUUGAGCUGGGAGUCGGGCGCAUCUCUGUGAAAUCGAUCGACGGAAGCUACAGUUGCAACUGGUAUAUAGAACUUUGUCUAAUAAUGGCACACUUUGUUUCCACUGUUCCACAUGUAAGUAGACUGAAGUUGCUAGUCAUUUAGCUGAGGAUAAGAAGUCUCGAGGGAAUCUAGUCCAUAGCUAUCUGUUCUUUCAUUCUUCAAAUGCCCAGCGAAUGGCUACCAAGCUCUUUGUUCCUAUAAUAAUGUGGCACGGAAUGCCCUCGUUUGCAACUUAAUUUGUGCCUUUGUGACAUUAUAACAUUCUAGAAUAAAGAUACGAGGGGUGCAUUUGCCUUGAAAGGCCCCA